GAGAUAAGAAAUCUACAAAAACUGAUAAGGAAACAAACUUUGACCUUCGUUAUGUAUUUACUUCAAUAUAAGUUGUUGUUAAAUGGUGAAAUACUCUAUAACACCGGGCUACUUCGUAAGAAUUGGUUGUUCCUUUGAUAAAAAUACAAAAUGGCACUCGUUAUUCUUCUUCAAUCGCCGCCACCAAAGUUAGAAGAUGUACAAAAGAAAGUGUUUAGCGCCGGAGCUUUAGAGUUUCUGGCCAAUUUACAUAAGGAGUUCGAUGAAGAAAUCAAUCAAUUGUAUGAGAAUCGACAAAAAAGGGCGGUGGAGUUGCAAUCGUGUCCAAAACUGGACUUUAAGAAAUCACCCGAGAGGUUGGACAGAUCGUGGACUAUUGCGCCGUUGCCAUUGAGACUUCAAAAUCGUCAUUUAGAUCUCGGGGAUGUAUCUCCCACCAACACAGCACAUUUUGUGUCCGUACUCAAAACCGACGUCCAAGGCAUCCAAGUGGACUUUGAUGAUGGACAUUGCCCAACAUGGCGCAACCAGCUCAUAGGCUAUCAGAACAUCUACUUGGCGGUGAACGGGAAGCUGCAGGGGGCUCCGAUGAGCAUCAGUAUGUGCCCUGUGCUUAUGCUGAGGCCAAGGGCUUGGAAUAUCAUUGAGCACAAUAUACUGAUUGAUGGCAAAGAAGCAAUAGGGCCGCUUGUAGACUUUGCAAUCCUUAUGUACCACAACGCCAAAAAGCUUCACGAAGCCAACAGCGGACCAUACUUCUAUCUAUCCAAACUAGAGGGCGCAGGUGAAGCGAAACUAUGGAACAGCAUAUUCGUUUGGGCGCAGAAACAGUUGGACAUUCCACAAGGAACCAUCAAAGCAUGUGUUUUGAUUGAGAACAUUGUUUCCACAUUUGAAAUGGAGGAAAUUCUUUAUGCCCUGAGGGAACACUCUUUGGGGCUUAACUGCGGUAUCUGGGAUUAUUGUGCAUCUAUUAUUAGUAAAUUCGGCAGUCGCAAAGAAUUCCUGCUCCCCGACCGUAACAAGUACGUGAACAUGUCCCGGCACUUCCUGAGCUGCUACCUGCGGCUGGUGGUGGGCACGUGCCACGCGCGGGCGGCGCCCGCCACGGGGGGCAUGGCCGCCUCCAUGCUCAAACCUGGCGCCACAGUUCGGGACAAAGAAUCCAAGGAGAUAAUAAACAAGAUUCUGGAUUCGAAGCUUAAAGAAAUCGAGGCCGGAGUUGAUGGUUUUAUGGUGUAUGACUCGAGAGUUGUGCCCUUCGUUAAUGAGCUCUGGAACAAAAGCAGCUCAACCCCCAACCAGAUAUCGAAGCAGCUGUCCCUUAACAUAACUGCCCAAGACCUUUUAACCAUACCCAGCGGAGGCGUCACCAUACAAGGCUUGAAACAUAACGUGGCGGUCUCCAUACUGUUCAUAUACCACUGGUUGGCCGGAGUUGGACAUUUCUUCUACAGUGGCAAUGUGGAAGAUUCGGCCACUGCGGAGAUUUCGAGAACGCAGAUCUGGCAGUGGAUUCGGUUUGCGCCUUACCUAGAAGACGAUCCGAAGAAGCAAGUGACAGCCAAACUGGUAGAGAAGACCGCCUCGAGCUUCGCAGCGCACGCGCACAAGAACCUCUGCCGAUCUAACGCUGAGAAGAAGAGGCUCACUGCAGCGAGGUACAUGAGCAUGGAGCUGUUCCUGGCGCGGAGCCCGCCGGAGUUCAUCACGAGCUUCCUCAACGACAACCACAAGUUCAGGACGCUUCACAACAAGGCGCUGCUGAGCAACCUCUAACUUUACCUCAAUGGCCCAAGGUCCUACCUAUUGUACGUAUUCAGUUCAAUGAAAUUUAAAUCAAAUUCGGUUGGAACAAAGUUGCUUUUGCUUUGGUUCAGUGGUCAGUUUUUGAACAACGCAAAAUCAACUCUCUUUGGGGUCAUCCAUUAAUUACGUCACACGUUUAGGGGGAGGGAGGGGGUCAAGAAAAUGUGACAUAUUGUGACAUGGGGGAGGGGGGAGACACAAACUUUGUGACGUCACUUUAACUUCAUCAGUAACCGAAAAUUUAUUUAAAUUAUUUAGUUCGCUGUACAUUUAAAUAACAAGUUUUUAAAACGAAAAUAGUUUUUAAUCGGUUAAUUUUCUUUCCUAAGCAGUUUUGGGUUAUAAAAUUACUAAUAUUUAUAUCGUCAAAAAUAUUUUGAUAAAAUAUUAAUAAUACUUAGGUACUUACUUAAUUCGAUUUGGCGAUUUCGUAGAAAAAAUGUGACGUCACACUAGGGGGGGAGGGGUUUGCCAAAUGUGACCAAGUGUGACAAGGGGGGGAGGGGUCAAAAAACCUAGAAAUUGGUGUGACGUAAUUAAUGGAUGACCCCUUUCCUACAUCGUAGGUUCAAAUUUCUGUGGCAAAUUUUGCAUUUUUCAUUUGUAUGGCUGGGCCUAGGAGGCCCAAUGAAUGGUAGGAUAAUUACCUAUAGGCCCCGUGUAUGAACAAUAGGGGGCAGGAUAGGAGCCGUCAGAUAAUUAACGCGAGGCGUAAAUGUGUCGUUUAUGCUUCCGAUGUCCCACAAGAUGGCAGAACCAAAUUGAUACACAAGACGAUGAAAUUGAUGAUGAUUGAUGCAGAAGGAAAUUUACCGAGGAGAACGGUAAAGAUGGUAGCAAUUGCUUUGGCAAUGUACAUGUGCACAUAUGUUUCCAAUUCAGGCCACAAGAUGGCAGACCAUCCAAUGCGCAUGGUCCUUAAUAGGUGUAAAAUGCGGAAGGUUUCCAAAAAGUUGGAAAAGUACUGGGCGCCUAGAAGAUGAACCUGCAAAAACGCGGCAAUUUCAAAUUUGUCUUUACUUACGUAAGCAAAACGUACAAUUAAGUCCGGAAAAAAUACUAAAUACAGAAAAUAAUAUAACAUAAGUAUCGUGAUUAUUCAAUCUUUGUAAUCAAAGAGUUGAUGCUCGAGAAUUUUUGAUUUUGCCGCGUUUUUUAUAUUUCAUUACCUGCAGACAUUACAUACUCGUAGACCCAGGGCAAAACUUUUAUUUAUAAGUAUUGACUUAUACAUCGUGGCAAAAAAAAUAACUGCAUUCCUGUUGCCAGUCAGGUGUUGGGAUUAUAUUAAGCAACUUUUACUACGGGACCAACCCCGAAUACGCUAGAAAACCGGGCAAGUGCGAGUCGGACUCGCGCACGAAGGGUUCCGUACCAUAAUGCAAAAAAAAAACAAAAAAAAGCAAAAAAAAACGGUCACCCAUCCAAGUACUGACCCCUCCCGACGUUGCUUAACUUUGGUCAAAAAUCAGGUUUGUUGUAUGGGACCCUCAUUUAAAUCUUUAUUUUAUUCUGUUUUUAGUAUUUGUUGUUAUAGCGGCAACAGAAAUACAUCAUCUGUGAAAAUUUCAACUGUCUAGCUAUCACGGUUCGUGAGAUACAGCCUGGUGACAGACGGACGGACGGACGGACGGACGGACAGCGAAGUCUUAGUAAUAAGGGUCCCGUUUUACCCUUUGGGUACGGAACCCUAAAAAUUUAGGCUGGUCCAUUUUCUAUGGGAGUGUUCAAUUUCUUUUUGCGAUUUCGGGUUUGCUCCCAUAGUAAAGUUGCUCAGUAUAAUCCCAAAGCCUCCCUGGCAACGGGAACGGAGUUCUUUUUAAGCCACCGUGUAUAUUACUUCGUAAAGACGGGCCUUACGAAUGCGAACACUACGAAGUGGGCCAGAUCCUUAGUACGCAAAUGGCGUUUGUGCACAUUUUGGUGCGCAUGUUCGCUCGGCAUUUUAUGAAAGGGCAUAGGCAUAGCCUUACCUUUGUAAACUUUGUAUAUAAGUAUUUACGUUUUUAGUUUGAAUGUUAUGAUUUUAUUACAAUUUAUUUAUAAUCUUUUAUUUGAUCAUAGAAAUAGGACACGUUGCAUCAUAUUGCAAAAUGUCACAUUUUUAUGCAAAAAAAAAUAUGUUACUUUUAUAUUGUUUUAAAUUAAGUGGUAUUCCAUUCAGAAAAAUAAUGUGUUACAAAUAGGUUUCUGGGACCAAAAUACUACUAAGAUAUUAAGAAAAACUAUUAAGGUAUCUUCUUAUGAAAUUCACCAAAGAUAAAAUUCAGUUUUUGUGACAUUUAAGUUUUAUAAAUAUGUAUAUUGUUGAUUAAAAUAGAGGUGUAUCAGUAGUCAGUACCUACUGUCUAGUACUAGGUGUAACAUAUUUAUACACGGUGUAUUUAUAAUAUUAUAUGUAUAUCAUAAGUGAAGUACAUAAGAUGAGUUUACUAAUGAAACUUGAUUUAUGAUUUUUAUUAUAUAUAAAAGGUGUUGGCAAAGGGAUCAUAAAUUAGAUCUAAUAUUACUGUGAUAUUUGUAAGCAAUAUUUUAACCAAAUGCCAAAUUAUUUUUUUAAUAAAGUUAUUUCUUUACCA